UAGUGAACAGAAAACUUAUAUUUACAGUUAGAGAAUAUGGAAGUCCUGGCUCCUUUACUUACUACCUAUUUGACCUUGGGCAAUCUUGAACUCAAGUUUUCCCAUCUGUUUACAGAGAAGGGGCUGAACUAGAUGAACUUUCAUUUCCAAAUCUAUGAGCCUAUGAUACAUUUUAUUUUUACUUUACAAGGCAGGAAUUAUAUAUAUAUAUACACAUCUGGCCAGCUUAUAGUUUUUAAAGUUGGGAAGUUAGUCAUUUAGUUUCUGUUUUCUCCUUAAAGGCUAGAAUCUUUCUAUCAACUUAAGACAUUUUAAAGAAGUAAUAUAAUUUACAGAUCACAAACACAUAUUAUGAGAUCAUCUACUUCAGACAGCAAUCUAAGAACAUUCUCUAUUACUUGGUCUCAGUUCUAUGCCAAAGGGUAGGUCAUGUUAAGUUGUGGCACCUGAAUUAAGUUAAACUCCUAAAUAUGAACUAGAAUUGAUUAUACCUUACUUUAUACCUGUCAGGGUGCCUAAUACUAUUAAAUUGAGUCACUUCCCAUGAGAUAAUAAGCUCUUUGGACAUGUGCUCAACUUCUGAUACUUUCCUUUUGGCACUACCAGCCAUUGUGAGUUUUGCCUGAAAGGAAACCCAAGUGGUCACCAAGAUGUAGAAUAGAGACAUACUAGAGCAGAGAAUGGAGACCUAGAAAUUUAGUAUUCUAGUUGAGGGCUGUAGCAAGCAGUCUUUUACAUGAAUCUGGUGCUCUAUGCCCAGGUCUCUGUGGCUGGGCUGCUCCAGCCUGGCGGACAGCAUGCCUUCGCUGCGAUGCCUGUAUAACCCAGGGACUGGCGCACUCACAGCUUUCCAGAAUUCCUCAGAGAGAGAAGACUGUAAUAAUGACGAGCCCCCUAGGAAGAUAAUACCAGAGAAGAAUUCACUUAGACAGACCUACAACAGCUGUGCCAGACUCUGCUUAAACCAAGAAACUGUAUGUCUAGCAAGUACUGCUAUGAAGACUGAAAAUUGUGUGGCCAAAACAAAACUUGCCAAUGGCACCUCCAGCAUGAUUGUGCCCAAGCAAAGGAAACUCUCUGCAAGUUAUGAGAAGGAGAAGGAGCUGUGCGUCAAAUAUUUUGAACAGUGGUCAGAGUCUGACCAGGUGGAAUUUGUGGAACAUCUUAUAUCCCAAAUGUGUCAUUACCAGCAUGGUCACAUAAACUCAUACCUCAAACCCAUGCUACAGAGAGAUUUCAUAACUGCCUUGCCAGCUCGAGGUUUAGAUCACAUUGCUGAGAACAUUUUGUCAUACCUGGAUGCCAAAUCACUAUGUGCCGCUGAGCUUGUGUGCAAGGAGUGGUACCGAGUGACAUCAGAUGGAAUGUUAUGGAAGAAACUCAUCGAGAGAAUGGUCAGGACAGACUCUCUAUGGAGAGGCCUGGCAGAACGGAGAGGAUGGGGACAGUAUUUAUUCAAGAACAAACCUCCUGAUGGAGUUGCCCCUCCAAACUCUUUUUAUAGAGCACUUUAUCCUAAAAUUAUACAGGACAUUGAGACAAUAGAAUCUAACUGGCGCUGUGGAAGGCACAGUUUACAGAGAAUCCAUUGCCGGAGUGAAACUAGCAAAGGAGUUUACUGUUUACAAUAUGAUGAUCAGAAGAUAGUAAGUGGACUUCGAGACAACACUAUCAAGAUCUGGGAUAAGAACACAUUGGAGUGCAAGCGAAUCCUCACAGGUCACACAGGAUCAGUCUUAUGCCUUCAGUAUGACGAGAGGGUGAUCAUAACCGGGUCUUCUGAUUCCACUGUCAGAGUAUGGGAUGUAAAUACAGGUGAAAUGUUGAACACACUGAUUCACCAUUGUGAAGCAGUUCUUCAUUUGCGUUUCAAUAAUGGAAUGAUGGUGACAUGCUCCAAAGACCGUUCCAUUGCUGUUUGGGAUAUGGCCUCCCCCACUGAUAUUACCCUGCGAAGGGUGCUGGUAGGACAUAGAGCUGCUGUUAAUGUUGUGGACUUUGACGACAAAUACAUUGUCUCUGCAUCAGGAGACAGGACUAUAAAGGUAUGGAACACGAGUACUUGUGAAUUUGUUAGAACCUUAAAUGGCCACAAGCGAGGCAUUGCCUGUCUGCAAUACAGAGACAGGCUAGUAGUAAGCGGCUCAUCUGACAAUACUAUCAGGUUGUGGGACAUAGAGUGUGGAGCAUGUUUACGAGUGCUAGAGGGCCAUGAGGAACUGGUUCGCUGUAUUCGAUUUGAUAACAAGAGGAUAGUCAGUGGGGCCUAUGAUGGGAAAAUUAAAGUCUGGGAUCUUGUAGCUGCCCUAGACCCGCGUGCUCCUGCAGGAACUCUCUGUCUACGAACCCUUGUGGAGCAUUCAGGAAGAGUUUUCCGACUCCAGUUUGAUGAAUUCCAGAUUGUCAGUAGUUCACAUGAUGACACAAUCCUCAUCUGGGACUUCCUAAAUGACCCAGCUGCCCCAGCUGAACCACCUCGAUCCCCUUCUCGAACAUACACCUAUGUCUCCAGAUAAAUAAUCAUACAUUGACCUCACACUUGCACAGGACUCAUUAAAGUUGCGGUAUUUAAUGUAUCUGCCAAUGCCAGGACAAGCAACAACAAAAACAACAACUAUCCAGUUACCCAGGACUAGCUGAGAAAUGGGGCUUUCAGACUCAUGUUUGAACAGAGUUGGCCUGCAGUCGACCCAGGAUGGUCUGCUCAGCACAGCUGACUGCUAAAGUGCUGCUAUCAGAAGAUGUCUUUUAUCUUUGGUGAAUGAUUGGAACUUUUAAACCUCACCCUUCCCUAUUCCUUCUUCCUUUUCCCACUACACCUGUUUCCCCCUCUUUGGUUGCAGGCACAGAUGACCUAUAAAUAUAUUUAGUGUUUUGCCAGAAUCUCUGUUGCUUUGCUCUUAAGCAGAAGAACCAGUGCCCCCUGAGAGAGCCCCUUCUGAGGGACAGGAGGAUGCUGCUUUGAGCUACACAGCUCAGCACCCUCUGCAGACUUUUGAGCUUUGGGAGCAUCCAGUACCUGACUGCCUAACCACCAUUAAUGAAGAAGAGGCAAAAGUUUCCGAAUGCCUUCUGGGGCUGUCCUGAGUGAAAGAGUGUAUGUAUGUGUGCGUGGCAUUCUUGUGGUUUAUUACCACUUGGCAUAUCUGGUACAUUAAUCCAGGAUCUCUGUUACUUCCCUUCUCUCACUUUCUUUCUCUCCUCCCUCUUCCCAGUUCUCUAACCACUUAGAAAGAAGAUUUGUGAAUGUCCUCAGCAUGCAUGAGGUAGAUCAACUAGAAGACACCACACUGGAAAGGGUUAAAAAAUUAUUCAGAUAAAGUGUCCAGGCCAAGAUUUUGCUUCAGGUUAUCCCAGUAGGAGAGUCUUUAGUGGAUACUGAGCUUGUAAAAGUGGUCCAUAGGAACUAGCACUCUUUACCUCCUAGGCUGGCCCCCAUCUUUGUCUGCCUUUGUUUUUCUGGACACAGCAGUCUUCCCGAUUCCAUGUAGAGCAUUGGAAGGAGGAACUGAUUGCAUUUCCUCUCAUUAACAAUUAGAUGUGUAAUAAAAGCAAUUGUACUUCAUCUUAAAUCCCUCAGACUACAAAAAAGGUUUAGAGUGACCAGGGCCAGUCCCUUGGGUGCAUUCAGCAUAACAGCUUACUUCUGCUCAUAUCAGGGUGCUGAGCAUUCAAAUGGUAACAUCUUUACAAUAAUUGUGAACCAAGUAGUUGAAGAAAUAUCCAAGAGGGAAAAGAUGAUCAAGAUUGCUUUGGGGCCAAUAAAUGCCAUCUCCCCCCUCCCCCAAAUAAAAUCUAAUCACUUUAACUUUGUAUUGCAGAAUCUGCCUAUGCUCUUUUCUAAACCAGGUACUUAUACAUAGGGUUGAGCUGCUGUAAAAGAAGAUCAGGCUGAAAUCUGGGAAAGAAAUUUCAAUUAAUUGAGGGUAUUGGGAUCGUAGUAGCCAUUCUUCCCUCUUUUCCUUUCCCUCCCCACCCAUGGGGUCUACACACAGGUUUCUCAGGCAACUAGUUGGUAAUGUAAAUGAAUGGCCCUCAUUGGCAUCCUGAACAUGGCUGCCAGGCUGCCAUGUUGGAUCACAUAUGUGGCCCUUCAGAGUGUUACCGAAGACACUGGGGAUCACAGAAAUUUACUCUACAUAUUCCCAGAUCUCAUAAUGUGGAAUGUGUAAACUUUUAUGAACCAUAAAACUUGGCUCAAAACAAGAGGGGCAAAAAAGGCCCCAUCAUCACACUGUCCCUUCUCAAGUUUCUCAUGGAAGCUUGGCAGGCAAAUCCAUAAUUUCCAUUUUUAAUUACAGCUGGUUGAAAAAAAUCAAACAGCUUCUUAGGUAACACAGAUAGCCUGAAAGUCAGGCAGAAUUGGGAGUUGAUUCCAGAAGCCCUUAGAAACCAGGCUACAGUAGAGAGAAGGGGCAUCUAGCAUGUCCCCUGGAGGUGUGUCUAAAGAUUGAGUAUUGAUAGAAGAACUGGAUACAUGUGUAUAUGCUUUUCCCUUUCUCAGUAUAUCAACACCCUUAUUCUUAUUCCAGGGCAUACAAAGAAAAAUAAUUUUCUAGCACAGUGACUACAAAUGCUGCAAAGGUUGGUUUCCUAGUCAGUCAUUAUUAGGGUCCCUUGUUUUGGGGUGACUUUUUAGCUAAUUGGUCUUUACCCAUGCAGGUGAAAAAGAGGUAUCCACUCCAAAAUGCAUAUAUUUAAAACACUGAAAUAAAGGGAUAUGGACUUGUAGCUUUUGCAAAGGUAGUAUACAAUAGCCAUAACUCUACUAGCCUUCUGCUCUAUGCUGCUCUUUACUACAGGGGAGAUAGUGAGUCAUAAUUAGUACUUGAGGCUUGACUCGAACCCCAGGUCCUUUUAAAGGUAUGCUGUUUUCAAGACAUUUCAAAGCCUAUUUGGAGUACACCAUAAAGAAGCUUCUAGCUUUUAAUGAGAUUGAGCAUGGAUUCAACAACUUCAGAGCUGUUAGCUCAGAGAAGGUCAUUCAUUCCAUGAACCAUCCUCUCUGCUGAUGAUGGAAAAGGGAAUGAAGUUAAGUGGCCUGAAAAACUUGAAUCUCACAUUUCUGAGCUUUGGGGGUCAUUUACCAGUGCAUUGUAGAAGAAAUAAUCAGGUAAGUAGAAGUUCAUUUCCAGAGAAGGUAAACCCCACUUACCAUCUCUGCAUGAUUUCAACAGGAAUUGAUUUUCACUAAUCCCCAACUGGGCUAGAAUAAACAUAGGGUCUGACCUUUUUAAAAAGAAAAGAGAAAAAGAACAAAGAAAGUCUCUUAACUGGUUCAAAGGAAUGAUGGGAAAGUAGCUAAAGAAUGAAAUACCUCUGUUGCAGAUGUCCUCUCAUAAAUAUGUAGGACUCUGGUUUCUCACACUUUCUAAAAUUCUAAAUUUUAGAAGAUUCCUUCUACUGAAGAUAGAAUGAGACUUAUUGAAAGGGGAGAGAGUAUUGGGGAGUGAGAGUGAGUGUGUGUGUGUGUGUGUGUGUGUGUGCGCGCGCGCGCGCACAUGUACAUGCAAGCUUGUUCUUUUAACACAGCCUGAACUGCCUGGACAAAGGUAUACCUUGCCACAAACAUGCAUAUUUUCAGUGCUAGAAGAACUUAAUACUUUCAAGUAUGCAAUUUAAAAAUGAUUAUAAAGGAAUCAUGGAAGUAAGAGUUUAUUUUAAUGCAGCUGUCCCAUGGCAAAGUUCUUUUAGAUAAACCCUGACCUUCUGAGAAAGACACUAAAAUUUAAUCAGUGACAGAUAUUCAUGUCUAUGGUUGUCACAAAUGGGAAAACCUUGAACCUCUUAUUUGAAGGGAGUCUGUAGGUGCUCCAUUUCACUCUUCUGCUUGUGUCAAAACAAAUUUCAUCUUUUGAUUUGGUAUGAUCAGAAGCUGAAGAUGAAAGAAACAGAAAAAACUGUAGUUGACAUUUAUGUGAUUUAACACUUGUUUUUUUAAGGGAGGAAGAGAUUUUUUUCAGGAGGGGAAGUUGGAAAGAGUUUUCUCCCCCUUGGAUUGGAUUGGACAUAUAGGCCCUUGUAAAACUUGAUUUCAUAUGCCUUAGCUAAGAAUUGUCAAGUGGGAGUGAUCUAUACCUGAAUCAUGUGGCCUUGGGGACCCCAUUUGAAUCUGUAGCAGCUGAGUGGCUUAUAAAUGGAAAGGGAAACUCCUCCUGCCUUCACUCUGCUGAACACUGCACUCUGGUCACUAUUUCCUGAUCAAAUUCAAUUUCACUCUAACUUUUUUUCCCCCACAUAUUUGAAUUCCUAAUGCACCCAGGUUAUGUUAACAGGUUUACCAGGACCUGAAUUUCUCUCCCAAAAAAAAAUUGAUCUACCUUUCCUUUCCCUCUCCCUAUUCAAACCUGACAAGGGAUGCCAGUGUUAGAGGUAUCAAGUCUCAUCUUUGUGGGCUUCAUUCAGCAUAUCUGAAUCUCUUCCCUCUCUCCCUGCAGCCUGUUUCACUUUAAUUGUACCAUAAGAUCUUAGGAAGCAUGAGCUGAGUUUUGCAUUCCUUCGUAUCUUUGCUCAUUGCUCAUAUAACCAGAAUUUUGGGUGCUAAGGAGAGAAUGUGGUAAUCCACGGGUAUGGCUAUCUGAUUUCCAAGUGGAGUUCUGGAACCUCACUGUUGGAAGUUUAGCUCAUAAGACCUGAGACUUUCCAGAAAGAAAAAAACCGAACAUUGUUUUCUGACCAAUACAGUUGGCGAUUCAGCUUCUUUGGGUAAAUGGGGCUUUUCUCUCCGACUAUGAAUGUCAUUGUAUUUUGUUCCACUCCCCGCCCCACCUGGCACCUCUUGACAAAAGAAACCUAUAGUUUGCUAGGGUGUCCGGCUUGUGCAAUCACCUCAUCAACUCUGUAUUCAGAAAAAUACAACCCAAAUUGGUGAGAGAAUAAGUCCAGCCUAAGCUGUGUGGAAGGGGGGCUGGGGGUGGGGGGAUGGGGUGUCAGAUGGACUGGAACUGUGAGGAUGGGAGGUGUGAGGUUUCCUGGGAGAUUUUGGUUUGUUCAGCUCUUUGUUCUCUAGACUCACGUAACAAGUGCUUUGACUUUUGUGAUUAUGUUAUGGUGACGUGUAGUUAAUGUACUAAUAUGUUCAAGAGCUAGGAUCAUGGUAAUAGAGCGUGUUUUUUUAACUGUUUGGGGAAAAAAGUAACUUAAAUUACAAAUAUAAGAUUAAAUUGUGAA